AUGGGAGCACAUAAGCAUACCGAUCCAAAUUUCUUCACUCUUCUUCUCCAGGACAACAUUGGUGGCCUACAAAUUCUUUAUCAGAACCAUUGGAUUGAUGUCAAACCCAUACCCGGAGCAAUCGUAGUUAACAUUGGUGACCUUAUUCAGCUAAUGAGCAGUGCAAAGUUUAAGAGUGCGGAACAUAGAGUACUGGCGAAUCGAGUAGGACCAAGGUUAUCAGUGGCGUCAUUUUUCGGUACAGCUGCCAUGAACUCGUCAAAGAUUAAUGGUCCAAUUAAGGAGCUACUUUCUGAAGAAGAUGGCAAGGAUCUACCUGUCUACAGAAAUGUUACGGUUCCAGAGUACAUGAAGCAUUAUUAUUCUAAAGGAAGCGAUGGUGUCCACGCCCUAUCGCUCUUCAAGUUGUGA